AUGGCUGCAGAAAUUCUAUUCGGAACUAGAUCUCUAAGAAUCCCAGUUGAAAAAGCAUGGAGAAUGAAAGCUGGCAUCCCAAUGCGUCAAGCUACAGCAGAAGAAAGGCUUGAGUACAUAAAAAAAGUUAAAGAAGAGCUGAAUUUAGAAAGUUUUCUAAGACAUAGCACUCGCCAAAUGUCAGCAGGCACCCAGAGAUUCCAAAACUACCCAGUUUUCCAUGUAAACCCAAGAAGAGCACCUAUCAUCGCAAACCCAGGCGCAAUACCUUUAGAAGUUGAAGACGCCAAUGGAAAUGAACUGACUCCUCGCGUUGAUAAUCCAAUGGAUUUCGUGACAGAUGAAAUUAAAGACUAUUUCAAGAGAAAACAGCUCAACAUUGACUUAUAUUAUUCUCAUGAAGGAAAUCAAGAUAAGCCUAAAAGGCGUGACAAAAAGACUCCAAUAAACUCUAACCUCAAAUAA